AUGAUCUGGACAGGUGCUCCGACACACCUCGCUCGUGGGCUAGGUGGCUCCUCCUGGGGCAAGCGGCUGCUUUUGCUGCUGCUGGUGACUUCCCCUCAGUGGGUGCUUGGGCCCAGGCCUGGAGCGACGCCUCGCGACCGAAGCAACCUGGACCGUGGGCGCGUCACCCCGGCAACAGCGAGAGUGCGCACAGGCCUGUGGGACAGCUUCCUGCAGUGGUGGAGCGAGGAAGAGAUCACAAGCACGCCAUUGACAGAGUGGGUGCGACGGAACCCGAUCGACUUUUCCCUGCAUCUGGAGGAAUACGGACGAGUCCCCUACGAGAAAGAGGAACCGAGAAGGAACUUUGCAGAAACAGUCAACACAGUGAACCAGAAGUUUCCCUUCCUGAAGAGCUUUAUGGCUGGACCCUGGGGGCUUUUAACCACCUGGGAAAUCCUUCACCCGAGUCACGUACAUCCGCCGAUGCCACUACCGCUCCUCAAAGCGGUAGUGGCAACGGCGUUGAGCUGGGAUUGGACGCGAUUUGCCCUCAUGCUUUUGAUAGGGUUCCUCGGUUUAUUGAGACCUUGCGAACUAUUCGGUUUGAGGGCCAGCGACUGCAUUCUCAGCAACGACAGUGGGUGUGCCAAUGUCAUCUUCUUAAGGUUGGAGUUGGUGAAAGCGAGGACUCGAGGUGCGCGGCGGCAGAGUGUACGCCUCGAGGAGCCCUUUGUCGUCGACUUCCUGCAAAGAUCUUUAAAUGUCAUGACAAACAGCGAGCGGCUUUGGAGCUACUCUCCAGGCCUGUUUCGCAGCCGCCUCAAGAUGGUCUUGAAAGAAGUGGCAGAUCAGCCCAAUCUGUGUGUUCCUAGAUCCUUGAGACCUGGCGGGGCGACUUACCUGUUUCGGUUGUGGCAAGAAGACCUAGUCCGGCUACAGUGGCGAGGGAGAUGGUUGCAUAUGAAAACUUUAGCUCACUACGUUCAGGAGUUGGGCUGUUGUAACGUCAUGCAAUCGUUGUCUCCCGGAGCCCUCAAGAAAGUACACCAGCUGGCAGCUCUGUGUGAGCCGGCUUGCGCAGAAGUGGUGCUGGAGGUAGACUUAGUGUCACAAGUUGAACGGCUUGUUCGACAAGUCAAGGUGGGUCGGCUUCGUUUGCAGCCCCGGGAUCUUGAGGUGUCACACUGA